AUGGAAGAGAAGGGGUUUUGGUUACUGGUGAUUGUCCUGGUAUUGGAAUGCAGAAUCCUGAUUGAAGGAGGUGAAAUACCAAGUACAGGUGAAUGUGCUAUGAACGUAAAAGAAAGAACGAACUGUGGUUAUGCAGGCAUUUCAGUAAAAGAAUGCGAAACUAGGGGAUGUUGUUUUGAUGCAAAAUACCCUGAUGUACCCUGGUGUUUCUAUCCUCACCUCAAAACAGGUACAGGUGAAUGUGGUAUGAAGGUAAAAGAAAGAAAGAACUGUGGUUAUGCAGGCAUCUCAGUAAAAGAAUGCGUAAAUAAGGGAUGUUGUUUUGAUGACAAAUACCCAGGUGUGCCGUGGUGUUUCUAUCCUCACCUCAAAACAGGUACAGGUGAAUGUGGUAUGAACGUAAAAGAAAGAAAGGACUGUGGUUAUGCAGGCAUUUCAGUAAAAGAAUGCGUAACUAAGGGAUGUUGUUUUGAUGCAAGAUACACAGGUGUUCCGUGGUGUUUCUAUCCUCACCUCAAAAAAGAUUCUUAA